AGAUGGCGCAUAUGUAAAAUUCUAUGAUAUUAAAUACGUAGUUGGGGUUAGUAUCAAAUUAAAUUGCGAAAGGUUAUGUUCAUUAUAAUCGCAAAAAGUAAUACAGUACUCGCAGUAAUAGAUGUGUUGAAGUGAUUACUGAGGAAAUUAAAAGUGAUAUAGAAUAUUGACCUUAUAGAUAAAGGAAUUAUGGAAAACUACGCAAUUCGUUCACUUUUCGGUUUUACUAUAUUCGUUUUUUUUCUUUACUGUAUGAAAGUGUCAGAUGUACUAAGUGCACCAACAACCUUACGUAUUAUAGAUGUAAUAAAAGCUGGGAAUUACUUAACUUGUAAUGUACAACCGUUUUUUUACGAAAAUAAUAUUACAUCAGUUUGUAAUAAUUUGACAUAUUCUGUGGAUGAGCAUGAUUUAAAGUCAACGAAUAUUCUUUUAUGUUUUGCAUUCCUUGAUGGAUUGUAUAAAGUUUGUCACUCUAAUGAAUUUCCUAAGGAAUAUAAUAAUACGACUACAUUUUAUUCAUAUAUUCAAAGUUUGGUCCCUGGUGAAAAAGAAAGCGAUAAAGAUGAAUUUUGUGACAAUAUUAGUGACAUUAAUGUUGCAUAUAAAGAAGUGGAACGUCAGUUAUCAUAUAUAAAGUCUUUACGUUUCUGCUAUCAGGAGUGCUUUGAUAAAUCAGGUAAAUUUACUCCACUUUGUGCGAUAUUAGCAUGGAACAAACAUAUUAGUGAUACAAAACAAAUAAAUAAAAAUAAUAAGUCUCAAGGUGACACGAAUAAGAAGGAAGAUGAUAAAGAUGUAAAACCAGAUCCACAAAUACAGCAUGCUAGUCCAGGAACAGACAAACCUUCCAGUGAAGCAUUAAAAGGAAAUGAUGAUAAUAAAAAUAAAACACAAAUAGAUAGACAUACUGAUGUUAAGGCUGUUAUAACUAUGCCACUAGUACAAGGAAAACAGAAUAAUACUAAAUUCUCUAUAAAAUCUAAUGAAAGUAACGUCGAUGGUAUCAAUACAUCUCUGACAGGCUAUAGAAGAAAGGAGUCAGAAAAUGGAAAAGAUGAGGUUCUUGAAGAUAUAGAACCACCGCCUAAAAGUAAUGGCAAAGUAGGGAUAGGAAAAGAAGAGAUAACUGAUACAAAUUUUGUAAAUAAUGAAGAUGGAGGAAAUAAGAAUGAUGACAAUGAGGAUGUCACAACAAGUACAUUAUCAGAAAACACUCAGGAACAAGGUUUUAGCCCUGAAUGGAAUUCCCACGUGCAAGGUCAUGAAUUAUCUAUUGAUCCAAAUAAUAGACCUGAACAGCCUGAGGAUACAGCAUAUCAAGGUCAGGGUAUAACUGAACAGAAGAUAAUGUCUAGUUACAAUAUCAAUGCAGAUGAAGAAUCCCACUUUUUUACUUACUUCAGUAUAAUUUCCUUAAUCUCAAUAGCUGCAUACAUUGGUUAUCAUAAUAAACAGAAGAUAUUAGCUAUUGUAUUGGAAGGACGAAGAUCACGUAAUCGCGGUAGACGACGACCGAGUACAAUUAAUUAUACUAAAUUAGAUUGUACACUUGAAGAAGCAGUUACAUCACAAUGUAAUGCAAAUGUGACCCAUGUCAUAUAUUAAUGCAUGUAUCAAAUAUUUUAAAGCUACUGUAUAAUAGUACUUGUGUAACAUAUUUUGUACUGAAGUAUAUUUCCAUUGUAAUAUGACUUCACUUUUGACAAAUUAAUUCUUUGUCGAUAUUCCACUAAUUCUUGUUAUUUUAAAGUUUGUUGUUACUAAAUAAUGCAAUAUUCAAUUGUAAUAGCUAAAUAUUUCGUUUAUUUCUAAUUUACGUUCAAUAACCUUUUCUUUUCAGUAAAUUUUUAAUAUGUGUUUUAAUCAGUUGUUUACAUAUUUCAGCACAUACAUACAUAUAUAUAUUCUUAUUGGUUACAAUUGCAUUAAAAUAUAAUUUUUUUGCAGUAUAUUAUCGAUAUUAUACAAAGUAAAUAAAUAUUAGCUUUAUUAAUUUUUGAAUAUGUAAGUAAUUUUAAACUUAAACAUUAUCGUAAUCUUGUACAAUUAGGAAUAUGUAGAUUUAAAUUUAUACUUUCGAACCCAUUAGAAGAUUUAUUAUAUUAUUUUACAUUAUUAUUUUCGCUUUUUUCGUUUAAAAACUACAAAUCAUUUUAGAAAAUUAGUUUGGCACAUAUUGUAUUUAAAAUUUUUUUUUAUAUUGGAGACGAUUUUUAAUAUUUUACCAAUAAGAUACAUUUUUCUUUUAACUCGACGAAAUUGUUACACCAAAAUUGCAGGCAAUGAUGUAAAUAUUAAUAUAAAUCAGUGAAAUAAAAUCACUGGUAAGAAAAAAUGUCACUUACAUAGUAUAUCUAGGCUUCUAUAUUAAUUUUUUAAGGUUUAUGUAAUACUUUACUUUUUAAAUUUCAUUUGUUUUACCUUCCUACCGUUUAUUAUAUUUAUUUACAGAUUAAAGUUGUAUAGAUGUAGAAUCAGCAGUAGCUCUAGAACUUUAUGGUACACUUUUGCAAACAGUUCCUUCGAUGAUAUAUGUAUAUUAUAUAUUGCAGUAUUAAUAUAUUAUAAUUAUAAUUUUUAUUUUCGAUAUAGUAUGCGACUGAAUGUUAUAUUAUAAUGAAAACUUUAUAAUCUUAUGUUACAUUCGUUAAUCCGAAAAUUCGUGUGUAUUAUCAUUAAUGUUCGAAAUAUCUAAGCAAUGCAAUUACUUAUUGUAUGUAUGUACUAGGUUUAAGCGAAUUCGGUGCACAAAGUAUUCUGCUGUUUAUACGUAUGUAUCUAUAUAUUUGUAUCAAACUUAGGUCAUUUCAAUGAGUUAUUGUACAUUAACAUUUAUCAAGAAUUAUACCAAACUAA